UUACUCAUAAUGUGGAUGCGAAGAGAGAAACAUUAAACGGCUCAAGGGAGUGCAGAUGGAGGCUUGAAGACCGCUUCUUCCCAACCUGCAAGCUUCCAAUGGUGGACUGUUUCAUGGCGGGACGGGACUCAAGGACUAGACACAAGACAAUGGGCUUCCUCCGAUGGGCAUCGUGGCUAUGCUGGAUUAUGGUCCUCAACACAAGCCCUGCAGAAGGUCUGAGCCGGGCAGCCCUGCCAUUCGGUCUGAUGCGGAGGGAGCUAGCGUGUGAAGGCUACCCCAUCGAGCUGCGCUGUCCUGGCAGCGACGUCAUCAUGAUCGAGAGCGCCAAUUACGGGCGGACCGACAACAAGAUCUGCGACGCGGACCUCUUCCAGAUGGAGAACGUCGAGUGUUUCCUUCCCGAAACCUUCAAGAUCAUGUCACAAAGGUGCAACAAUCGUACGCAGUGUGUGGUGGUGGCUGGGUCGGACGUGUUCCCCGACCCUUGCCCUGGGACCUACAAGUACCUGGAGAUCCAGUAUGAAUGCGUCCCCUACAUCUUCGUGUGCCCGGGGACCCUGCGCAAGGUGUUCGAGCCCACCAACGUCUUCGAAUCGGAGCAUGAGGCGGGCGCCUGGUGCAAGGACCCGCUGCAGGCCGGAGACCGCAUCUACUACAUGCCCUGGAUCCCGUACCGCACCGACACGCUGACCGAGUACGGCUCGUGGGACGACUACACGGCCGGGAGGCCGACCACCUCCUACCGCCUGCCGCACCGCGUCGACGGGACCGGCUUCGUCGUCUACGACGGCGCUGUCUUCUACAACAAGGAGCGCACGCGCAACGUGGUCAAGUUCGACCUGCGCACACGCAUCAAGAGCGGCGAGGCCAUCAUCGGCGGCGCCAACUACCACGACACCUCGCCCUACCGCUGGGGCGGCAAGACCGACAUCGACCUGGCCGUCGAUGAGAACGGCCUGUGGGCCAUCUACGCCACGGAGCAGAACAACGGCAAGCUGGUGGUCAGCCAGCUCAACCCUUACACCCUGAGAUUCGAGGGCACCUGGGAGACGGUGUACGACAAGCGCUCGGCCUCCAACGCCUUCAUGGUGUGCGGCGUUCUCUACGCCGUGCGCUCCGUCUCCAAGGAGGACGACAGCGAGGUCAUCGGCAACGCCAUCGACUUUGCCUUCAACACCAACCUCAACCGCGAGGAGCCCGUCUCCAUCGCCUUCCCCAACCCCUAUCAGUACGUCUCGUCCGUGGACUACAACCCCCGCGACAACCAGCUGUAUGUCUGGAACAACCACUUUGUGCUGAGGUACUCACUGGAGUUCGGACCCCCCGACCCAACCGCAGCACAAGCCACGAUGGCUUCCACCAGCAGUACGGGGGCGGCCAGGCCAACUACGGUGACCACCACAACCACCACCCGGAAAGCGCCGCUCACCACCAUCGCCGUGGGUGCCAUUAACCAGCUGAUCCCGGAGCAACACCCCAUCACUCCCAUCGUCCCCUUCACCAGCCGCACCCCCCUCUCCAACCAGCUGCCUUCCCCCCAGAGGUACUGUGACCCCACCGAGACCAGGGGCAUCAAGUGGCCCUCAACGCAGCAGGGGGUUCUGGUGGAGCGACCGUGUCCUAAGGGGACCAAAGGUAUAGCCUCCUACCUUUGCCUGGUCUCCCUCGGUCUCUGGAACCCAAGAGGACCUGACUUCAGCAACUGCACCUCACCCUGGGUGAACCAAGUCGCACAGAAGAUUAAAAGCGGGGAGAAUGCGGCUAACAUCGCCAAUGAGCUCUCCAGACACACUAGAGGCCCAAUCUACGCGGGUGACGUCAGCUCAUCGGUCAAGUUGAUGGAGCAGCUUCUGGAUAUUCUGGACGCCCAGCUCCAAGCGUUGAGGCCCAGCGAGAAGGAGUCUGCAGGCCGCAGUUACAACAAGAUUCAAAAACGGGAGAGGACCUGCAGAGCAUACAUAGAGGCUGUUGUACAGACUGUGGAUAACCUCCUGAGACCUGAAGCUCUGGAAUCGUGGAAGGAUAUGAACACUACGGAGCAGGUGCACACGGCAACCAUGUUGUUGGACAUCCUUGAAGAGGGAGCGUUCCUGUUGGCGGACAACCUGAAGGAGCCUGCAAGAGUCAACGCCACCACGCAGAAUGUUGUCUUGGAAGUGUCCGUGCUCAAUACUGAAGGGCAGGUGAAGGAGGUGACGUUUCCACACAGUUACCUGACCGAGAGCUUUAUCCACAUCUCACCCAACACCAUCAAGCAGAACAGCCGGAAUGGUGUUGUCAAGGUGGUUUUAAUUCUCUACAACAACCUUGGGCAGUUUCUAUCGACAGAGAACGCCACAGUGAGGAUGGGGUCCGACAUCGGCAGCCAGGGCAACUCCAUUGUCGUCAACUCCCAGAUCAUCGCCGCCUCCAUCAACAAGGAAUCCAGCCGGGUCUUCCUCACCGAGCCCGUAAUCUUCACCCUGCAGCACCUUGAUGUAGGUAUUAAUGAGUCAGAAAACCAUUUCAAUGCCAACUGCUCGUUCUGGAACUAUUCUGAGCGUUCCAUGAUGGGAUUUUGGUCAACGCAAGGCUGUCGACUGAUAGAAAGCAACAAGACGCAUACCGCCUGUGCCUGCAGUCACCUCACCAACUUUGCGGUGCUCAUGGCCCACCGAGAGAUUUUGUACGAAGACCGAAUGCAUAGACUGCUGCUCUCCGUGAUCACCUGGGUUGGUAUCGUCAUCUCGCUGGUCUGCCUCACCAUCUGCAUCUCCACCUUCUGCUUCCUACGUGGUAUCCAGACUGAUCGUAACACCAUCCACAAGAACCUCUGCAUCAACCUCUUCAUAGCUGAGCUCAUCUUUCUGAUCGGCAUCAACAAGACUCAAUACCAGGUUGUCUGCCCAAUAAUCGCUGGCUUCCUCCACUUCUUCUUCCUGGCUGCCUUCUCUUGGAUGUGUCUGGAAGGCGUCCACCUCUACCUCAUGCUGGUUGAGGUCUUUGAGAGCGAUUACUCCAGGAAGAAGUACUACUAUCUCUGCGGCUACUGCUUCCCUGCCUUGGUAGUGGGAAUCUCUGCUGCAAUCGAUUACCGGAGCUAUGGAACCGACAAGGCAUGCUGGUUACGGGUGGACAACUAUUUCAUCUGGAGUUUCAUCGGACCAGUAUCCUUUGUUAUUAUGAUGAACCUGGUCUUCCUGAUGAUCACCCUGCACAAGAUGGUGAGGAGCAACAGCUCGUUGAAACCGGACUCCAGUCGGCUGGAGAACAUCAAGUCCUGGGCUCUGGGUGCGAUGGCUCUGCUCUUCCUGCUGGGUCUCACCUGGGCAUUCGGCCUGAUGUUCAUUAACGAAGAGUCCAUGGUGAUGGCCUACCUCUUCACCACCUUCAAUGCCUUCCAGGGAAUGUUCAUCUUCAUUUUUCACUGUGCUCUGCAGAAGAAAGUCCACAAGGAAUACAGCAAGUGCCUACGGCACGCUCACUGUUGCAGCCGCCCUGGUGCCGGCAUUUCCCACGGCAACCUGAAGACUUCCACCAUCCGGAACAGCAGCCGGUACUACACUGGUACUCAGGUACAGAAUGCUGCCGCAAACAGGAGGAUAGCUGAAAAGAGUCGGAUCCGGAGAAUGUGGAACGACACUGUUCGGAAACAGUCGGAAUCUUCCUUCAUGACCGGCGACCUCAACAGCACCCCCACCCUCAACCGAGGGACCAUGGGCAAUCAUCUACUGACCAACCCUGUUCUGCAGCCACGUUCUGGGGCCAGCCCGUACAACACACUGCUGGCCGAAUCCGUUGGCUACAACGCUCCUUCUCCCACUGUCUUCAGCUCACCAGGAACCUACAGAGAGACAAAGCACCCGGUCAACCUGACGAGAGACCCCUGCGCAGUGGACACUCUGCCCCUUAACGGCAACUUCAACAACAGCUACUCCUUCCGAAACGCCGACUUCGUGACGGAUGGGACCCCCCUCGCCGAUUGCCGCCGCAACCUCAGCGACGCCGCCUUCGAGAAGAUGAUCAUCUCCGAGCUGGUCCACAACAACCUGAGGCCAGGCAGCAAGACCUUGCCCGGGGAGCCGGGAGCGCCGGUCAGCGGCGGCGGCGGAGCGACCAGCAGCGAAGACGAUGCCAUCGUUCCCGACGCCCCCUCGCUCACCCAGGAGGACAACAUCGACAUCGAACUGAUGUACAAGGCGCUGGAGGAACCUCUGCUUCUGCAACGCGCCCAGUCCCUGCUCUACCACAGUGACCCGGAGCUGGAGGAAUCGGAGAGCUACACGGCCGAAAUCACCGACGGCCUCGACGGUCAGCUCCAGUCCCCAAACAGAGACUCCUUGUACACCAGCAUGACCAACCUCAGAGACUCCUCUUACCCCGACAGCAGCCCGGAGGUGAUGGGCGAGACCGCACCCCAUUCCCAAGGCAACGACGAGGUGUACUACAGCUCCAGGCCCAACCUGGUCUUCAGGAGCCAGCUACAAGCCUACUACCAGUCCAGGAGAGGUAGCAACGACGGAUACAUGGUGUCGGUGGAUGUGGACGGUUCGAUGCCUGAGACCGACGGACAGAUGCAACUGAGGCUGGGACCGCAGCUUCGACAGCCCCACCACGCGGGCACCACGUGCGAAGGGACAUUCGUCGCUCAGCAGCCGCCCUGGAUGUCUCUCCGCCUGCACGAUACCGUCGGAAACGCCACAGCGCCGCUGGGUCUAUCGUCCCCACUCCGCUCGGCCACCCAGGAGAGGAGGGUGGGCAGAACGAGAAGGAACCUCGUAGGGUUGCAAGGAUAAUGGUCUCCACUCGACCUGGCAGUAGUACGGCUUGUCCUACACCUCCCCCCCUCCCCCCCCACCCUGUCCCAUCCAACUGACCACCCACCUCCCCCUCCCCCCCCCACCCUCCAUGCCCUGUGCGCUAGGAGGCUCUGGGGUGGCUGAGGUCAAGGAGGGUGUACACACAUCUCCCGUCCAACAACGACAGCGGCAGAAGACACGGAAUGUUGGCCGCGGGCUGCAAGCUUCCAUCCCUGCUGCCAAAGGCCGCACUCCACUGAUGCUCAACAGACGAUGUAAAUAGAGAGAGAGAAAAAAUACUAAUUUCCGUGCGAGAAGCCACGUUUUUGUUCCCGUCGUUUAAGUUUGGAUUAUUUCCCCCUCCCCCCCCCUCCCCUCCACCCCGCUCUCCGCGUUUGUGCCACUGGUCGGAUCUGUUGUGGCCCAGGCAAGCCCCGUCUCACAGCAAGGCCAACAACAGCAAGGGGGUUGUGAUCGAGGGGGGACCUCUGUCCCAAAGUGGACACACUGGAUCUGAACUUCAAACAAGCCCAUGGCGAUUGGUGGAAGCCCAUUCUUCUCUUGUGGCUGUCGGGCCAUCGUUAAUCUGUGUAAUUUUACAAGAAAGGGAAAACAAAUCAUACACAAAGUGUUUAAUGUCCUCUUAAACCUUUUGAGUUGUCAGAGCACAAAACCUUUUUAUAAUCUCGUCAUGUCCCCCGAGUAUAUAGAAGGAGGCAGACUUGACUUCCGUCUUCAGAAGUUGCCUUUCGCCCUCUUCGGAAAGGAGGGACUUUUACAAAUGGUGUGUGUGUGUUUAACAAAAAAAAAUAGGAAAAAAAAUUGCCAAUAUAAGCUUUAGACACAGGGUGUAGCACACAGUGUGUUCACCGCACUUUCUAUCGGUCUGAUAUAAACUGCAAGUGCACAUCAUCAGCCCUUAUGGAAUGGGCAGCCAAGUUAGUCUGUGCUUACUUCCUUCAUUGUGUGGUGUGGAAGGCAGAUGCUGGCUUUGAGUGGUGGCGGCUGGGGGCUUGAGAUGGGUUACCUGGUCAGGUGUGAAACCCCAGCGUGUCUGUAAUGUGGCAGAGAAUCCCAGGGAGUGGCAGAGUAGCACCUCCCUGACCCGCGUUGUACCUCUCAGGUGUGUCGAGUGGCCUUCAUGAUGUUAAUCUUCCACUCCAGGUAACAUCCCCACCUGUGCGCUGAAGUCUGGUCAUACCUGAGAGUCCCUGCAGAGAGGUGAGCAGAACUCCACCCGUGACCUGACGGGCGAUUUUUACUUCAUUAGUUUUCGAGAUAGUGUGGAAACAGGCCCUUCGGCCCACUGAGCCCGUGCCACCCCAUACGCAACUUCUUUC